AUGGAGUGUGGCCCAGUUCUGCCAGACAGCCUGGUGUUGGAGAUCUUUCUGCGUCUGCCCCAUGAUGCUGUGCUGAGAGCUGGCCUGACCUGCCGUCAAUGGCUGGCUGUGUCCAGAGAUGAGUUCCUGUGGAGGGAGCUGUUCUACAGCUACUACCGCAUCCCCCGCGCAGUACCCCGGCACCCUGCGGCCGUAUCAUGGUACAGGGAGUUCAGGCGUCUUUUUGACUGCAUCCCCUGUGUGGAGGUUCAAACACUGAGAGAGCACAGCGACCAAGUCCUCCACCUGGCUUUUUCUCACAGGGGUCACCGCUUCUCUUCCUGCUCAAAAGACUGCACUGUUAAGCUGUGGGACACCGAGCGUCCAGAUGGUAAUAUCUCCUUGGCGCACAGCUCCAGCAUGCGGCAGUUUAACUGGGGCUACACCCAAUUCUCCCAGUUCAACGCUGAUGACAGCCUGCUGCUCGUCUCGGGUGUCUACCUGGGACCACACCACUCGUCAUCAGGGGAGAUCGCUGUCAUCAGUCUAGAAAAUUACACGCUGCUGUCGCGGGUCAGGAACAAACCGUAUGACGUGUUUGGCUGCUGGCUGAAUGAGACCCACCUAAUCUCUGGAAACCUGCACUGGAUAGGCAACAUGACGUCCUGCUCUGUGCUCUGGCUCAAUAAAGCCUUCCAGGAUAUCGAAUCAGAGAACGUCAACGUGGUCAAGCGCCUUUUCAAGAUCCAAAACAUCAAUGCCAGCACCAUUCGCACAGUGAUGGUAGCCCACUGUCGACGUCACGAUAACCCAGACUUGGUGUUGGACUAUGAAGCUCAAUCUCAGGCCAGAAGGCAGAAGGGUCUGCAGCAACAGCCUCUCUUCUUUGAUCUGGGAACAUCCGGGAGCGAGGAAGAAGAGGAACAGGAAGAAGAUGAAGACUGCCAGAGAGGAGCAAAAAGUCAUGUCCUCCCCACUCCUCGUCUCCCUCAGCCAACCAUCUCGGGACUGGAACAUGUUAUACAUAGCCGGAAAAAUGUGGGGCAGAAGGAGCUGGAGAUUGAGACUCAGGUGGCUCAGAUGAUGGGCAGAGCCUACACCAAGGCCCCUGACCCCAGCUUCAUUGAGCCCUCUGAGUCCGGGGACGAAGACAAAACGUACUUACUCUUCACCACCGGCAGCCUUACGUACUCUCCUCACCAGAUAGGCAUUAAGCGAAUCAAGCCUGAGCAGAUGACCACAUCGGGUCCUGUUCUCGGUGAAGAGCGAAGUUCAGAUGAGUUUUUUGAUUCCCUGGACCAUGUUAUUGAUAUCCACGGUCACAUCAUUGGCAUGGGCCUUUCUCCAGACCACAGAUACCUGUAUGUGAAUAGCCGGGCUUGGCCAGCCGGAUGUGUGAUCUCGGACCCCAUGUCUCCGCCUCCCAUCGCCGAGGAGAUCGACCUGCACGUGAUUGACCUGAAGAGUUUGAGAGAGGAGAGAAGGAGUCUGCGCGCUCACCGAGCUUUCACGCCUAACGAUGAGUGCUUCUUCAUCUUCCUCGAUGUCAGCAGAGACUUUGUUGCCAGUGGAGCAGAAGACAAGCACGGCUACAUCUGGGACCGCCACUACAACAUCUGCCUGGCACGUCUGGCACACGACGACGUGGUGAACUCGGUGGCGUUCAGCCCCGCGGACCAGGAGCUGCUGCUGUCCGCCAGCGACGAUUCUACCAUUAAAGUUUGGCGUUCACCGCGAAUGGUCCGCCUCGCACAAGCCUCCGUCCGGCCGCCCAGGCCUCGCAGCCUCCUGCCGUCCUGGCUGAGCCGCAGCAAGAACUCCUGCAUCAACGGGAAACCAUGAGUCAGGUUUGAAAAUACUUGAAGUGGGUGGGAGCAUGGUGAGGAAAGUUUGAUCUUUUCCCUCUGUGGUAUGAAUAUAUACACACUCUAUGUAUAUGUACACCGUGGGCACAGUCUGUUGUUUUUGCUUGAGCUCACAGUAUUGUGACUGAAAGCGGUGACCGACUGAGCCGACAGGAAACGAGAGGCCGGCUCAGACUUAGUCACAAGGGAGCGCUGUUGCGCCAACGGACAUGACUGCAGACAGAAAUGAUAUGCAACGUUAUGGCAGAUAGAGAUGUAGAGAGUGUAGAGCUGACACAUAAAGACAGAUGUCCCAAACCGCUCCCCUGAAAGAUGGUUGUUGUCCUUAUUUUUUUUUCUUUAUUUUAAACUGUAAAGUUGUGUCUAAGCAGGUUGGACCCAGGACUCUUGGAUGUGAUGUACAAUUGUAUGUAAAGGUCCUCCUCCUUUAGGGCAGAGUGCAACUGAGAAUUAGUUCCAAAAUGUUUUUUCCUAUCAGCGGGUAUAUCCAGUUGAUGUUUUGAGUUAAAUUUUCCUUAUAAGCUCUUUUCUCAAAGAUUUAAAUAUAUAUAUAUAUAAAAAACAAGCAUAAAGGGAAAUGGGGGUUUGAGCUACAUUUAAUGUAGCCUACUUUAGUUUUAAUGAUAUCACAUCCUGUUGUUUUUGUGCCCCUGAAAUGAUCUGUCACUAUUAUAUUGAUGUAGAAUUACUGAGCAGUUUAAUAUAAAAGGAGCAGCUAGUGUGAAGCAUAGCUGUGAAGAAGAAUUGUUUGUGUAGCUCAUUGUUAUUGGAUCUAUAAUAAUGUAAAAACUGUAUUUAACCCUUUUCGUUCAUUAGCAUCGCUGCACCAUUUAUUUUAACACCUCGCUAAGAAUCUCAUAAAUUGAAGUCGUUUUACCCCCCCAGCCCCCGAUGACAGAAACUUUUCAUAUAGAGCCUUUUUAUUUGAGUUAGUGGACCUAGAGCUUCCACUGGUGCUGUUAGUUUUAAAUGAAACACAUCACCCAACCUGCCACCCUCUCGUUUGUCCAUAGACUGCUAAACAAACAAUUACAUUACUUAUUUAUUUACUUACGCUAAAUCUCCUUAAGGAUUGGAAGGUGGUGUUGAAGGCCUAAUCAUUAUUCUAUUGUAGCAUGAAUUUAUCUUUUGAAAUCACUUGUUUAAAAAAGAAAAUUAUCAUUAAAAUAUAUAGUGAUGUGCUGUAAUGAAGCUAUUUGGUGGAUUGGCAGUUCACGUUAACUUACAUUAUAUAUACCAGUGUGACAAAUUUUACACAAAGCAGAGCAGCGAUAUAAAAGAAUAAAUUACUAGGUGGAGUUUCAUGGAGAUUUCAGGUUGCACAAAUGCUGCCUGAUACUCAAAUUGAAAUUAAAUUUACAUGUGUGUUACAUGUGUGUUGCACUAAAAAUGGUUAUUAGGGUUUUGAUUGAUUUAAGUUGACAAGAAACAAUAGAUCAGAACACUUUAAUAGAUCCAGAUAGAAAGUAAAAAAGACUAAAGGACUCAUUUUGAAAGCCUGUUCAAAACUUGUUGAAAUGGUUGUGUGUAUUUACAUCAUACUUUAAGUCCCCUCCAAGGUGCUUUUACUGGUAAUGCUCAGAGAAAAAAAACAAAAAGUGACGCAUGACUACAGUUACAGUUUAACCAGCACAAGGGUCAGGUACUUUACUCAGUCCUUAUUUACAUUUCCACCAGAUGCUGAAGGAGGAUGUGACUUGUUAAAAACUGCUUUAAUUAUGAUUGGGCAGUGUUUCGCUUGUCGACUUUUCAGAACCCCCUGUGAAUUCAACACUUCAACAAGCAGAUUUCCUCAACUGAAUAGUAUUUUCUGUGUUUCUGAAAUGUGUGUAAUAAGGCGUGAACUUUCUCCUGAGCUCCUCUUCACAUCUUUCUUCAUGUUGUCAUGUUGUUUUGCCUCCGGUUCCGUCCUCAUGAUCAUUUUUUAGCUUGUGUUCUUUUUUUUUUUUUUAACUCCCCUUUAAUAAAAAGCAUGCCCUGCAA